AACAACGCUUUCAAAAUCAUACAUUUCCAACUCUUUGCUCUUUGGUAUCAAAUUAACUGAAAGUAUUCAAAUCCAAUAUUUAGGGAGUAAAUUUAUUUGUGUCAUUGUAUAUUUUUGAAAAUCCCAUAUAAACUCACAGAAAAUUAUCGCUUUCCUUGUAACGUUAAAGAUCACGCGAAUCUACAGAGUAUAAUAAACCAGCUCGAAGAAGACUCUUUUAAAACAAAUCUUUAAAAAAGAACAUCGGAUUCAUUAUGUCGCUGGUCUAUAUAACGCGCCACAAUGAGAAUAUCAAUGAUUUGGAAAACAAAUCCGAUUAUUAUCAAUUAUUGCACAGCAGCUUCACUUCAAGGCCUAAGGCAAGUAAAAAGAAAAAAAUUGAUGCCGUAAUAAAAUUGCCGGAUGGCAAGCAAUUACUAACAGGCUCACAAAAGAGCGAACAUAAAACAAUGGGCUACAGUGAGACUCCACUACGAGAGCCGUGCGAAUUUUUGCGCAAAAAUGGUGGCGUCAAGUGGCAGCGUAAACGCGACCAUACCUGUCCCAAACGUGAUGAACCGAUAUUACCAGUACCACGCUUGGAAGAUCUAAAGAAAGAGAAGCGCGAUAAGGAAAAGAAAAAAGUAAAUUUUAUAAAAAAGAAUGCCAAUUGCAUAAAGGGUGCGCCAGCAAAAUGGCACCCGCCGCAAUAUAUUGAUUUUCACACCGGCACACCACGUCGAUUGGAAAAUUCAGGGCUUGUUCCGAAGUAUGUGUGUUCUGGCGACUUCGGUAAGGUGCCUUGCUAUUUGCGUGUACGUAAGAGAGCUUUGCGACCUACGCUUGAGAAAUGCAAAUCCGAACAAAUUCAGUUAGCAGAGCGAUGCAAAUUCAAUGAAGUUAAUAUCCGUCAACUACCGUCUGAGGAAAGGGAUAACAUUCUAAAGGGUCUUAAACAGCAUUUCAAUAACGUAUUUAAAGCUUAUCAGUCCGGUUCAUUGUAUACGGAUACCAUCUCAAAGCGGUUGAGAAAGUCAAAUUUGGAAAAAGAGCUACGUCAGCUGGAACAUGACAUUUUUCUCUUGGAAUCAAAUCCAGUAAUAUAUGUAUCAGAGUUUUAAUUUUAAAUAAAAGGAAUAUUUUCCACUUGCAUGCACUUCA